GGCGUGCGGAGGCAACUCCCGGAGGGCGGUUUGUCGUGUAAGAGGAAUGAUGUUUUUUUAUAUCUUUUUCCGUUUAUUUCUUUUCUACGAUUGGACACAUAUUGUCUGGUGAACUUGACUAUUUUAAAAUUGAUCAACGUUUUAUUUGACUUUGCAAUUGUCUAGUACCAUUUGCAUGAUAAUGUUUCGAUUGAAUGCAAAGGAGAAAGAAAAAGGAUUAGGCACUGAUUUUAUUCCGUGGGUGAACAGAUGCUGCCAAAAUUUGACGUUGCAUUUCCUUUUUUCCUUUGCCUGUUGUCCUUUUCCUUUCCUUCUAUUUUUUUUAAGAGAUUCUGCUUUUUUUUUGUUUCGUGUGUUCAACUCGCGUGGUGUCAAACUUUUGUUUCUUUUUUUCUUUCACCUUUCUGCGAAGAUGGGGUCCAACACGUGCGAAUCUAUUCAAUCGCAGUUAUCACGGUUGCCAAAGUCCAAAGCGACAGCAUCAACAACAGCCAUUCAACCGUUGGAAAUCACUACCACAGCUGUUGUUACUAGCAAUGGCGAAGGUUGGGAAGGACGCUGCGACGGAAAUGGAACAAGUGAAGGUACUACAGUGCGUCCCGCAGAAGAAAUAGAAAGACGCGGUGAACUGCAAAGGAAACAAUCACAUCACCACCACCAUCAUCACAUCAAGUCGCCCAUAUUUGAAGCUCAAAAUCUGCAAUUCAAUGCUUCGGUUUCCCCACUCGUAUCGCCUUCAGCCCAGGAAACUCCGUCCGGUGCAACGGACUCGGCUCUUUCCGUGUUACCUUCCUCCCCCAUUAUUAAGGGUCCCUCCGAGGCCAUUGCAGCUUUGCAGAACGCAGUCAACGCAUCCAAGACCAAAGGAGCCUCCAGCGAAGUGAGCAGCAAAUCGUUGGCGGAGCUAUUUGAGUCUAGCUUUUUUUCGGCAGUAUUGUUGGUUCAGUGGUCGAAUGUGAUGGGUCCCAAGGUGGAAAGGGUAUGGUCCAAUGAGCCGCUGGAUGAACGACUGCAACAGAUCAUUGGAAGACAAGUACUCAACGGAGAAAUGGGACGCACCUUGGCGUCCGCGGAACCCAAAUGGGUGGUGCUCCAUCGUCAGGGGAUUGUAUGUACGGCGUUUCUGUACAAUGAUUCCACGGCGUUAUGCGCCCUGAUUUUGGUGGUGCCUGUGCGUUAUCUGCGCAACUUUUCGCAAUAUUUUAAUGUCCUGUGUACUUGUGUACCACGCCAGUUGGUGGAACCACUCGUCAAGUUACGCAAAAUUCAUCGCCGCUUGGCCAUGACAUGGAUUGCUGCUCUUGAUUAUUUUGCUUCGUAUCGACUUGUUCCUUUUAUCCGCAUGAUUAUGGAAUUGGAAUCGGUAUCACUACCGACGGAAUGUGUCAAAAUUGGUCACACCAUCCUUGAUACUGAAUCCAAGCAAAUGCUCGAUUCGUUGUUCAUUGCAAAGUACGUACGACAUUUUGAUCAUAUUCAGGUUGCUUAUCGUGAGGUUGAAGGGUGAUUACUUCUCAUUUACAGACAAGCGGAUCCACCGUACUGAUCGGCAACACUCUCACCAGUAUGAAUAUGGUAAAACAAUAUUGGCACACAGAGAAAUGCUCUGAUGAUCCAAUGUUUGAUUAAACAAAUGUAUGUUGGCUUUCUGUAGGUCAUUAAUACACUGGCACUGUUUCUAUCACCCGAAGAACGAAGUCGGUCAAG